AUGGAGUUCAUGCUGGGAGGCCUCUCGUCCUGUAGUGCAGUCCUGUUCACGUUCCCGUUCGACGUCCUGAAGACCCGCCAACAGCUGGAACAUGAACUCGCGACCAAGGGUAGUGCCAAACAUAGUUCUUACAGCAGCGUGAGACAAUCGAUCGUGACGGUGAUCAAAACCGAUGGAUUUCGCGGGCUGUAUAAGGGAUUGCCAGCUGGGAUUUUGUACCAGUUUUCGAUGAACAGUGCUCGCUUGGGCACGUAUCACAUAGUGGAGAACCUUGGUUGGACGCGUAGCGAGAACGCACUGUUGACUCCGAUCUUGGCGGUGUUUUGGGGAGGUGUCGCCGGUCUGAUAGGUGCGACGGCAUCCUGUCCCGUUUUUGUCGCCAAGACCCAGCUGCAAGCGUUCAGUAAAGGAAAGUACACGGCCAAGUUUCAGCACCAGCAUGCUGGAGUGAUCGCAGCUCUUCGCAAUAUGUACCGUGAGGCUGGAGUCAAGGGAUUGUACAGAGGCUACACCGCUCACUUGACACGCGUAUCGUUGGGAUCUUCAGUUCAGAUGACGUCGUUCGCUAUGGCCAAGGAUUUCUUCGUACAGUACGAGAUAUUCCAGAAGUCGGUUGCCUUGCAUGCAUUAGCCGCAAGUUCAGUUGCCGGAGUUUUCAUGUGUCUUCUGAUGUCUCCGGUCGACGUAGUCACCACCAGGAUGACCAAUCAAGGUGUUUCCGCAUCCGGCAAAGGAUUGCUAUACAAAAACAUUUUCGAUUGUUUUGUAAAAAUCUACCGCUCGGAAGGCAUUCAUGGGAUGUAUAAGGGAAUGGCUCCGCUAUAUAUGCGAGUUGUUCCGCACACGGUUCUGAAUCUUACGUUUUGGGAGUUCUUUAAGAAGUUGCAUGAUCGAUAUUCGAACUACAGGGUGUAG